CAAACUCCUCUGUAUCGUAUGUGUAGACUCGGACAAGAAGCUGAGCACAUGGAGGCUUUGAAGGACUUUGCUUCUCUCUGCUCCAGUCCUACCACUGUGGUGGGCGUAGUUCUCUUGAUUAUACUUUAUUUGAUUUCUCUUGGUUCUUCCUCCAGAGAAACAGGCAAAGAACCUCCAGGACCAAAGCCUCUGCCUCUGCUUGGCAACCUGCUGCAACUUGAUCUCCAGAGACCUUACAAAACACUGUGUCAGCUUUCCAAAAAAUAUGGGUCUGUAUUUACAGUUUAUUUUGGACCAAAAAAAGUGGUUGUCCUUGCUGGAUACAAGACAGUCAAAGAGGCUCUGGUCAGCUAUGCAGACGAGUUUGGAGACAGAGACAUUGCACCUAUAUUUCAUGAUAUAAUCAAAGGUCAUGGAAUUCUGUUUUCAAAUGGAGAAACAUGGAAAGAGUUGCGUCGUUUUGCCCUCACCACCCUCAGAGACUUUGGGAUGGGGAAGAGAGUUGCCGAGGAGAAGAUUUUGGAGGAGUGUGGACACCUUAUUCAAAUCUUUGAGAAUCAUAAAGGGGAACCAUUUAACACAUCACGUCCAAUAAAUUAUGCAACAUCCAACAUCAUCUCUUCCAUCGUGUUUGGAAGCAGAUUUGAAUACGAUGAUCCUCGAUUUACAAACCUGGUCAGUCGGGUCAAUGACUCUAUAAGCCUAUCAGGCUCAGCAGAAAUCCAGCUAUACAAUAUGUUUCCUCGGCUGGUCGGAUGGAUAAAAAGCCAUCAGGGGAUGUUAAAAAAUGCUAUGAUGAUGACCAGAUAUGUGAAGGAUUUAAUCAAGAAACUGAGAGAGACACUGAACCCUCAGAUAUGCAGAGGACUGGUGGACUGUUUUCUGAUUCGGAAGCAGAAAGAAGAGGCAAGCCCCACUUCAGUGUUAUUGUUUGGGGUCAUUGUCGGCUUACUAGUCCUCCAUUUUGUUAACUCCAGCUUUAGUUUACGAGAAAGGAGGGCGCCCCCAGGACCUAGACCUCUUCCUCUGUUUGGUAACCUGUUUCAGGUGGAUCUGAAGAGGCUGGACCAAAGUCUUUUUAAUCUUUCCAAGAAAUAUGGACCAGUUUUCCAAGUAUUCUUUGGACCAAAGAAGGUGGUGGUCUUGGCAGGGUACAGAACAGUCAGACAGGCUCUAGUGAACCAUGCUGAUGAAUUUGGCAACAGAGAAAUCAGUCCAGUUUUUUAUGAUUUUACAAAGGGACACGGUAUUCUUUUUUCUAAUGGAGAACCGUGGAAGGAAAUGAGGCGUUUUGCUCUGACAACACUGAGAGAUUUUGGAAUGGGGAGGAAGAUCAGUGAAGAAAUAAUUAUAGAGGAAUGUCAUUACCUUACUGAAGAAUUUGAACAAUUUGAAGAAAAAGCCUUCAACAACACCAAGGCCAUACAUUAUGCUGCUUCAAAUGUUAUAUCAGCUUUAAUGUUUGGAAAGAGAUUUGAAUAUAAGGACUUAGUUUUCCAAGCAAUGGUGGAAAGAGACAAUGAGACAAUUCAUCUAACAGGAUCAGCCUCCCUCCAGAUAUACAACAUAUGUCCUUGGCUUGGUCCUCUACUUAAAAACUGGAGGGAUAUGAUCAAGAAUGUGGAAGAUGGCAAGGCGGACGCAACAAAGAUAAUCAAGAACCUGAAGGAGACCCUUGACCCUGAGAUUUGCAGAUGCUUUGUCGAUGCCUUCUUGAUUCGGAAGAAACAUCUUGAGGAUUCUAAGGUCUUGAAUUUACACUACCAUGAUGAAAACCUGCUCUAUACUGUAGUGAAUCUCUUUGCAGCUGGGACUGACACCACUGCAACCACACUGAAGUGGUGUCUCCUUUACAUGGCCAAGUUCCCUCAUGUUCAAGAACGCGUUCAGGAGGAGCUGAGCAGGGUGGUUGGAAGCCGGCAGGUUCGAACAGAGGACCGGAAGAACUUGCAGUACACCGAUGCAGUUAUCCAUGAGUCACAGAGACUUGCCAACAUUGUUCCAAUGGCCCUUCCUCAUGCAAUAAGUAAAGAUGUCACCUUUCAGGGCUACUUCAUCAAAGAGGGAACAACUGUGUUUCCUCUUCUUACUUCUGUCCUGUAUGACGAGACUGAAUGGGAGAAUCCUUACAGUUUCAGCCCUUCUCAUUUCCUUGAUAGUGAGGGGAAAUUCAUCAGGAGAGAUGCGUUCAUGCCCUUUUCUGCAGGUCGCAGGUCGUGCCUCGGAGAGAGUCUGGCCCGAACGGAGCUCUUCCUCUUUUUCACCUCCCUCCUUCAGCAUUUUCGUUUCACUCCCCCUCCAGGAGUUUCAGAGGAUCAGUUGGAUUUAACACCAGUUGUGGGAGUCACUCUUGCUCCUACACCUCAAAACCUGUGUGCUUUCCGUCGCCACUGAGGAGUAGAGCUGGAGUUGAUUUUCCUUCCAAUUCUAUAGCAAAAGUGCAGGAUUAUUGUAGAAUAGGAUACAUUUUAGCUGUCAGAUUUUGGGUAAUGCCAGCCACAAAUUAAAGUUGUGCCGAAUACCAUAUUUCUACCCCCUAAUCUAUAGUAAUUUUACUCAUGAUUAUUCUUUUUACUAUAAACUCACAUGUAAUUCUCAGCAAUUCUCUGACAUGCUAACUCAUGCUCUUUUGCAGCAGCAGCAUUGUUUUUCUUCUUAAAUGUGUGUUGAUAUUCUCCAUAUGCCAUCAUUAAUAUCCCAUUGGCAGGAAAUAUGCACCUCAAGGCUUUUCAUUUUCCCUCGUUUCCAUGAUGAAUCGUAUUAUCUGCAUUCCAUUGAUGAGGGCUUCUUAUAUGCUGGUGCUUGUAGUUGACUUGACUCAGAGCUGAGUAACCUAAUUGUUACCACCUGUUCUGAAACCGAAAACCCUCAGUAUCAUAGAGCCGAGUAGGUCUAAUCAGAGUAUUUGCUUUCUACUAACAGCAUGUUAACCCCGCUUUCUGAAACAGGCGCAUUGAGUCUGUUUCCUGGGGUCUGCUGACUCCACGAGAGUCAGUAGACCAUCCAUAACUGAUAAGACAAAGAUAAGAUUGUUGAAUUACACAUUUAUUCCAGACAACUGAACUAUUUAAUUUGCUUGUUUUUUGUGGGGGAUGUUUCAACACUGUUAGGGCCACAUCAACCUUAGCUCAUGACUUAAUAUGAAAAACAGUAGACACGCAGCUAAAACUGAAAUAUUUUUCUGUCCCUAAAACUGAUUACAUGUGUAGUCAAUAAGGAAUACUCAAAAACACAGCUGUGGAAAACACAAACUGAUAUACAGCUGCUGAAACAUCAGUUAAAUGUGGGUGAGGUGCCCACAGAGGUACCUGAUUUUAUUUGAUUAAACAAAAUAUCAAUAAUUCUGUAUUUUCAUUUGCAGGCAAUAAAGAACACUUAAUGAAAUUAAA